AUGGACUACACUAACUACGCCCCUCACCAAUCCCGGCCCUACUCGACGCUAUACGGGCUGCCAACCCCCGAUCAACAGCCACAGGCACAAUCCGACGAUGCUCUCCGUGACCCGUUCGCCUUGAACGGCGCCUAUGGCCAAUAUUUUCCAGGCUUCGACCCUGCUUUCCGCCUCGACCCCUCGUCGUCCUUGGUCCCACCGCCGCAUUCGCCCCCUGACUCGUUCACCAAGCACUCGGUGUCGAGCAAUGAUGUGUACAAUAGCACUAAGCCGGACCCGGGAUCUAUUGAUGGCGAUGAUCACCAUUCCGCCGACCCGACCGAGCGGUGUAGCAGCGAGGAAAAGGAAUCAGCGACACCGGCGCAAAGCAAGCGCAAGGCUCAGAAUCGGGCAGCCCAACGAGCAUUCCGCGAGCGAAAAGAGCGCCAUGUGAAAGAUCUUGAAGACAAAGUCACCAACCUCGAACAAACAUCCUCCACCCUCCAAGCCGACAAUGAGCGCCUCAAGCGCGAGCUUGCCAAAUACGCCACCGAGAACGAGAUUCUUCGCGCAACGUCGCACUCCCUGAACGGCGCCAAAGAGCCCCCCGCGCCAAUCAUCACAGGGCCGAUGAAUUACUCCCCCACAGACUUCUACUCGAACUUAGCCCCCGAAGCUGCCGGUCCUCCGGGCCCAAGUGUCCAGGGCCAACACCGCGUCACAGUGUGCUCUAUCACUGGCGAAAAGCUUCUUGAUGCUGGCGCAACGUGGGACCUUAUUCAGGCCCACGAGCUUUUCAAGCGCGGGCAAGUGGAUAUCGGCGACGUCACUGAGCGGCUUAAGGGGAUGGCUCAGUGUGAUGGACUGGGUCCUGCCUUCAUGGAGAGCCAGGUCCUCAAGGCAAUUGUGGAGAGUGUGGCGGAUCGCGAUGAGCUGAUCUAG